AUGGUCUUGACGUUCAGGAUUGCCCCCGGGCUCUGGUAUGGCGCCGUGCUGCCGGUGCGGACCUACCUGAUCACAAACUCGAUGAUGAUCUUCAUCUACGCCCUCCAGAUCAUGUGGUUCCGCAAGAUCCUGAAGAUCGCGGCCGGCCAGAAGAAUGUGGACAGCCGCGUGACCGUGUACCACUCCACCCCCAGCGCCACGCCGCUGAUCCUCUCCCCGCGGCCCUCCUACAAGGAGGGAUGA